AAUGUCACGUGAUACUCCUUUGUGUGUGUGUGUUAUAUAAUGAGCGAGUCCGACGGAAGAGUGUGACUUCCAGCCUCAGAAAAGUUUUUCUCAUUCCAGCUUUCGAGAAGAUUGUAAGGAAUACGAUGGCAAAUGAAAGCAACCCAUGCCCCUGCGAUAUAGGCGAUAAGAUUGAGUAUGGAGGACUUGGUCAGGAAGUCCAGAUAGAGCAUAUAAAAGCAUAUGUGGUGAAACCCACCACUCCCUCUGACAAGGCUAUCAUCGUCAUUCACGACAUCUUCGGGUGGCAGCUUCCAAACACCAGAUACAUGGCGGACAUGCUGGCUGCCAACGGAUACAUAGCUGUGUGUCCGGACUUCUUUGUUGGAAAGGAAGCGUGGAGCCCAGCUGGUGACUGGUCCAAAUUUCAGGAGUGGCUUCAAGACAAAAAACCAACCACUAUAAAUACGGAGGUGGACGCUGUGCUGAAGUUCCUGAAGGAGCAGUGUGGGGCUAAGCGCAUUGGGACAGUAGGCUUCUGCUGGGGUGGGGUUGCCACACAUUACAUAGCGCUGCAGUAUCCAGAGGUGAAGGCCGGAGUUUCGGUUUACGGAAUAGUUCGAGAAAGAGAGGACAGGUACGCACUCAAGAGCCCGACUCUGUUCAUCUUUGCAGAGGUGGAUCAGGUUAUUCCUCUUGACCAGGUGAAUUCGCUGGAGGAAAAGCUGAAGGAAAAAUGUACUGUAGACUAUCAGGUGAAAAUAUUUCCUGGUCAAACUCACGGUUUCGUCCACCGCAAGAGAGAAGACAUCAACCCGGCGGACAAGCCGUACAUCCAGGAGGCCAGAAAAGACAUGCUGAACUGGCUCAGCAAGUACUGCUAAAUAAAAAACGAUGAAGUAAAUAAAC